AUGUGUGAUCAGGGUAGUAGGGAAUUUGACAGCGAUGAUAGCAGUAAAUAUUUAAUUUGCACACUUAGGUAUAUAUGAAGUAGAAUUUGUGUAUGGUAAGAAAAUGUUUAAGAAAAAAACAUUCUAAACAUUCUAUGCUGUUAAGUGGCUAGGAUGGGCUAAAUCUUAAAUGUCAUGGGAGCCAUCUUCUAACUUUACUUCUAUCUCAAGCUAUCUUUUAAGGUAACUAGAAUUUAUUAAAUAUUUUUAGACGUUUAGAAACUAGACUUUGCUAUGCCUAAUAUUACAAAAAGAUUGCUCCUAGUUCAAGAGGUAUAAGAGUUCAUGUCAAAGGCAAAUUUUGUUAAGUCUAAUAAGUUGAUACUAAUGUAAAAUCAAAAGCUAUUGAAUUUGAAAAGAAGACUCUAUCUCACUAUUCUGAUACAUCAGAUCUAUAUGAUAAAGCAGAGAAGAUAAUUACAUAAAUGAAAUAGAAUCUUUUAUGUUCAAAUAAUGAUAAGAACACUUUAAAAACUCAAAAGAAAGUACAGAAAUCAAAUAAUCAUUUAAAUAAAAUUCUUAAUUAAUAAGAAAAAUAUGAAGUUAUUUCUAUUAACAGUUUAUCUUAAUAAAAAGAAGGAAAAAAAAAGAUUUCUGAUUCCAAAAAUCAAAAAAAAUAAUUAAAUUAGAAGAAUAAAAUUGAUUUAGAAUUAGAGAGAGACAUUGAAUUAUUGAUUUAAAAUGAAAAGAAAGAAAAAAAUCACAAAUAAUCGGAAUCUUAAAUUUAAAUAUUCUAAUAAAUUUUAUCAUAAAAAAAUGAUUAAGAAAGUAGUCGAAAUUCCAAAAUAAUUUAAUAAUGUAAAUAAUAAUAAUAAUAAUAAUAAUAAUAAUAAUAAUAAUAAUAAUAAUAAUAAUAAUAAUAAUAUUAAUAAUAAUAAUUAGAAAAAUAACAAUAAAAAUAGCGAUAAUAAAAAUCAUAAUUAUCAAUAUAGGAAUCAUCAAGAGAAAAAAAUUAUAAUUAACAUAUCUAGGAAUGUUAAAUAAUUCUUAAUUAACCUGAUAAUUCAGCAUCGAUUAAUAUCAAAUCAUAAAAUUAACCUGAAAACUUGAUAAGAUAAUAGAUGUAAAAUAAUAAAAAAGUUUUAAAAAAUGCAAGUGAAUUUGAUUUAAGAACAUUUUAAACAAAAUUAAAAAACUCUGAGAAUCUAAAUGUUCAAGAUACAAUCAGUCAUCCUUGUGAAGAAUCUUUUGAAAUAGAUUUAAUUUUAGUUGAAUUUGAUGAAUAACAAUAAAAAUAAAGUGAAGAAUUAAAAGUAAUAGAAAAAGCACAAAAAAGCUGCAUAUAGGAUAACAUAACCCUUACCAAUAAAAAAAAUUCAUUUUCGCAAAUGAGGGUCGUAAAAUCUGUUCUUAAUCCAAAAAAAAUUUAAAAUAUAAUUUCAGAGAAUUCUGAAAUUUAAUAUAAGACAGAGAAAUAAUUUAUUUUAGAAAUUAUAGAAGAAUAAAAAGGAAAAUAAGUUGAUUAAUAUAGUAACUUUACUUUAAAGUAGUUAUUAUUCAAAUAACCUAAAAUGACUGAAAGUGUAAAAACUAGUUAAUAAAUUUAAGAAGAAAUAUAAAAGUUAUAAUUGGAGAAGAUGGCAUUAAAUAAGACUAGUAGAUGUAGUGUACCAAUAAUUCCAAAAUUAAAAGAUAUUGAAGUUUAAUAUAAUGAAAAUGAUGUGAUGAAUUUUGAAAUUUUUUAAUAUGAUAUGGAUUUAAAUGAAGUCAAAUUAAAAAAAAUAAAUAUAGAAAUAAUAGAAUAGCAUUACUUAUUGAUAGGGAAAUUACUAUUUAAAUGUCUAUAUGAUAAUGGAAUGGAAUAUUAUGUAGAAUUUUAGAAUUUAUAAAGAUAAUGUCCGACGUUAUUAUUAGAUUACAUGA